AUGGGUUUCUCUUCCCAAGAAAGCCCUUCUCUCAUCUUCUCCUUCUUCUUCUUCCUCUGUCUUUCCACAGUCUCUGCUCACACCAACACAACCAGCAACAAUGGAGUUGAAAAAAAGAUAGCUUCUGGGAAAUGCAAUUGGUUUAAAGGGAAUUGGGUUUUCGAUGCUAAGUACCCACUUUACAACCCUUACAAAUGUCCAUUCAUAGAUCCACAGUUUAACUGCAAGAAGUAUGGUCGUCCCGACAAUCUUUACCUUAAGUAUCGUUGGCAACCAUUCUCUUGCUCUCUCCGCAGAUUCAACGGGUUGUAUUUCUUGAGGAAGAUGAGAGGGAAGAAGAUAAUGUUCGUUGGAGAUUCACUAAGCACAAACAUGUGGCAAUCUCUUGCUUGUCUGAUUCACACUUGGGUACCUAACACUCGUUACACUUUUCUUCGCCAAAAGGGUCUAGCUUCACUCACCUUCGAGGAAUACGGAGUGACGUUGAUGCUAUACAGAACACAGUUCCUAGUUGAUUUAGAUUCGGAGAAAGUUGGGAGAGUGCUUAAGCUAGAUUCCAUCAAGCAGGGCAAAAUGUGGACUGGCAUGGACGUCUUGAUCUUCAACAGCUGGCACUGGUGGACCCACACCGAGCACAUCCAGCCGUGGGAUUACAUGGAAGAUGGGAAGAGGUUGUACAAAGAUAUGAACAGGUUGAUCGCUUACUACAAAGGAAUGACCACUUGGGCUCGAUGGGUUAAUCGUCAUGUGGAUCCUUCUAAGACCAAAGUCUUCUUCAAUGGCGUUUCUCCUACUCAUUACGAGGGAAAGGAUUGGGGAGAGCCAAUGAAGUCAUGUAAGAGUCAGACGCAACCAUUCUACGGGAGGAAGUAUCCAGGAGGGACACCAAUGGCUUGGGUGGUUCUAAACAAAGUAAUGAGGAGAUUGAAGAAACCGGUCCAUUGGCUUGACAUAACCGGUCUCUCUCAGCUUCGUAAAGAUGCUCAUCCUUCUGCUUUUAGUGGGAACCAUCCUGGCAAUGACUGUAGCCAUUGGUGUCUUCCUGGUUUGCCUGAUACUUGGAACGUACUCUUUUACUCUACUCUUUUCUCUUGA